CCACCCCUGGGCCUGGAAUCUCUGCGUGUGGACGACACUCAGUUACGCGCUUCCAGUACAGAACGGUUUGGACUGGGCGCGCACAGAGGGAGGCUCAAUAUUCAGUCUGGAAUUGAGGACGGGGAUAUCUAUGAUGGGGCCUGGUGUGCUGGACACAAAGACACAAACCAAUGGCUAGAGGUGGACGCCAGGAGACCCACCAAGUUCACAGCGGUCAUCCUACAGGGGAGGAGCUCCAUCUGGAGUUGGGAUUGGGUGACUUCCUACAAAGUCCAGCUCAGCAAUGACACCUACAACUGGACGCCAAGCAUGAACGGCACUGAGGAAGCUAUUUUUGAAGGCAACAUUGACACUGAGACCCCCGUACUUGGCACCCUGCCUGUACCCGUGGUUGCCCGUUACCUCCGCAUCAACCCACAGACCUGGUAUGAGAACGGGACCAUCUGCCUUCGCGCCGAGAUCAUGGGCUGCCCACUACCAGAUCCGAAUAAUAUCUACACCUUGGAGACAGAUCAGGGCUCCGCUGAUAAGCUGGAUUUCCAGCACCACAACUACAAGGAAAUGAGGAAGUUUAUGAAGGCGGUGAAUGAGGAAUGUCCCAACAUCACUCGCAUUUACAGCAUUGGGAAGAGCCACCAGGGGCUUAAAAUGUACGUCAUGGAGAUCUCAGACAAUCCUGGGAAGCAUGAAUUAGGUGAGCCGGAGUUCCGCUACGUGGCUGGAAUGCACGGGAAUGAGGCUUUGGGCCGGGAGCUGCUGCUGAACCUCAUGCAGUACAUGUGCCAGGAGUACAGGAAGGGGAACCCACGCAUUGUGCAUCUGGUGACAGAAACCAGGAUCCAUCUCCUGCCGUCCAUGAAUCCCGACGGAUAUGAGAUGGCCGCCAAAAAAGGCUCAGAACUCUCUGGUUGGGCACUCGGACGCUACAGCUAUGAAGGGAUUGAUAUGAACCACAACUUUGCUGAUCUGAACUCUGUCAUGUGGGAUGCUCAGGAGAUAGAAGUGGACAGAAAGAAGGCUCCAAACCACUAUAUCCCCAUCCCUGAAUACUACACCUCGGAGACUGCCAUGGUGGCCUCUGAAACCCGCGCAGUGAUCAACUGGAUGCAGCUCAUCCCCUUCGUCCUGAGUGCCAACCUCCACGGCGGGGAGCUGGUGGUGACCUACCCCUACGACAUGACGAGGGACUGGGCCCCCAAGGACCUGACACCCACCCCCGACGACAGCUUCUUCCGCUGGCUCGCCACGGUCUACGCCACCACCAACCAAGUCAUGGUGAACCCUGACCGCCGGCACUGCCACAACGAGGACUUUAUGCAAGGAAACAACAUCAUCAACGGAGCCAACUGGCACACAGUUCCUGGCAGUAUGAAUGACUUCAGUUACCUGCACACUAACUGCUUUGAGGUGACGGUGGAGCUCUCAUGUGAUAAAUUCCCCCACGAGAGUGAGCUCCCCACCGAGUGGGAAAACAACAAGGAGUCCCUGCUCGUCUAUAUGGAGCAGGUUCACAGAGGUAUCAAGGGGGUGGUACGAGACAAGGAUACCAAUGCUGGGAUCGCUGAUGCCAUCAUUGCGGUUGAUGAAAUCGACCAUGACAUUCGAACAGCGUUUGAUGGAGAUUACUGGCGGCUGUUGAACCCGGGCGAGUAUGAGGUCACAGCCAAGGCCGAAGGCUACUUCCCCUCCACCAGAUGGUGCCGCGUCAACUACGAGCCUUACCCCACCAUCUGUGACUUCACCCUGACCAAAACACCCAAGCAGCGACUGCGCGAGAUCCUCGCCAAGGGGGGCAAGAUCCCCAAGGACCUGAUGCUGCGCCUGCAUCAGAUCCGCCUGCGCAAGCUGAGAGCCAGCACCAAGGCUAUCAACCGCAGACGUAGCCAAUAGAAGAGCAGCCACAGCCACCACGGGUCCACUUAAUGUCCUAACUCCGUGGCUCUGAACCAUAGCGGUCAUGACUGAGAACUAGAGAUGGACAGGCAUGGAGACAAUCAAAAUCUAAUUUGAUUUUCUAAUGCACUGUUUCAAGCUAAUUCUCUCCUUUCCUCUGCCACACACACUAGCGUGUCUCUCUGUCUUUCUGUGCACACAGGUGGCAUGUUCAACGCCUAGUUUCAUUCAAGGGGUUCAUUCAUGCCACAUCCCACAUUAAGCACUAUACAGCUAUGGACAAAAGUUUUGCAUCACACUAUAUAAUUAACUAAUUUUGUUUCAUAAAGUGGAAUAAAAC